AUGAAGAUAAAAAAGAAAAUAUAUUUUUUUUUUUUUAAUAAAAGAUAUUAUAACCCUCCUAGUAAAAGAAAAUGGAGUAAGCAAAAUGAUAAGUAUAAAACGCGAAGACCAUUAGCAGAAAAAUUUAAUUUACAUAAAAUUAAUAUAAAAGGAGAAUACUGGAAACAAAAACAUGUAAAUAAGCAAUUUGUUGUAGAAAAUGAUAAUAUAGAUAUGAUAAAUGAAAGAACUAGUUUAAAUUUUUUUGGUUAUCCAAAUAUAUCCAUGCAUAACAAGUUAGGCGGAAGCUUAUAUAUUGAACAAAUGGAUGAAAUUACGUUAUGUGUAAUUAUGAAUAAAUGUAUAAGAGAAAAUAUAUGUGAUAGUUUUGUAUGGAAAAGUUUAUUAAAUAGAUGUACUAGAAUAAUGAAUAAAAUGAAUGGAAAUAUUCUAAGCUAUAUUUUUAAAUAUUCUUCACAAUCUUAUUAUUAUAAUCACUAUUUUUUUAUUACUAUGAUUGGUAAUAUAUCAUCACAUUUAUAUUCUUUUAAUUUAAAAAAUUGCUCAAAUAUAUUAUAUGCGAUGAAUAAUAAUAAUAAUUUUUAUAACGAAGAAAUAUAUAAAAAAAUUAUAGAGCACUGCUCUUUACUUAUUUUAAAUAGAAAUGAUAUUGAUAUCAAUAGCGUUUUAUCUAUUAUAAAUUCCUUUUACACUUUUAAAAAUAAUGAUAUAAAUCAAAUAAGUAAUGUGAAUUAUAAUAUUUCUAAAAAUAUAAACUGCGCAUACCUACUAUUUGAUAGUAUUUCUAAAACCUUUAAUAAAUAUGAUUUAGAUUUAUGUGAAAUUGAUUAUGUAUGUUCUUCUUUAUUAUCCCUUUGCUUAUUAGAUCGAAUAAAUUUAUUCUUUCAAGAAAGAAAUAGAAAUGUUAUAAAUAAAUUAAUAAAUUACCUAAAUAAUAAUAUGGAAAAAUUAAAUAUAAAACAUAUUUCAAUUUUAUGUUUUGCAUCAUGCAUUUUUAAAAAUUCAGAGAUCCUAAAAUGGAAGUAUAUAUUUCACAAAAUAGAAAAAGAUUGUUAUUUAUUAAAUAAUAACUAUAUAAGCAUUUUAGUAUAUUCAUUAAAAGAUAAAGUAUUGGAGAAUAAAAGUAUUUAUAAUAUUAUUUAUAACAAAAUUUUUGAUAUACUGAAUAUAGCUUCAUUAGAAAAUUUAAGUUUAAUAACAUAUUCUUUUUUAAAGUAUAACAAUUUAAAUAAGGUCUAUAACAAUAAUAAAGAAAUGAAAAAAGAAGAAAAUAAUAUAGAUAACUAUAAAAAUAAAAAAGAAGAGAAGAAAAAAUAUGAUUAUUCGUGUAUUAAAGAAAAUAAAGAAGUACGUAUGAAUUAUUCUUUUAAUUUAUUUAAUGAUUUUUUAUAUGGUAAGAUAAAAUGUAAUACAAAUAAUUUUAAUAUUUUUCAAAUAUUUUUAAUUUUUAAAGGAUUGUCUGAAACUAAUUUACGAAAUACAAAAAUUGACGAUUUAAAAAGUAUUUUAUUAGAACACAUAAGGAAAAAUAUUUAUACAAUACCCAUAUACUUACUGUCUUAUUUUAGUAAAAUUAUUACAAAUAACUCGUUAAAGGAUAAAGAAUUAAUAAAUUCAUUAAAAGAUGUUAGCUUAAUAUAUUUAAAUAUAUAUAAAUAUCUAUAUAUAGAAGAUAGUAAUUAUAUGAUUAAUGCGAAGUCUUCUUUGAUAGAAGAUUAUUACAAUACUGUUAGUAACGAUGAACACAAGAUAAAAAGUGAUAUUACAUUUUUAUAUAAUGAAAAAAAAAAAGAAAUUAAUUAUUUAUCAGAAAAAUAUUUAAUAAAUCUUGAAUUAUUCCAAAAAAAAUUUAAAUAUUUAAAUGAAAAUUUUGAUAUAACAAAAGAACAAAUUGAAAAAACAUUUCUUUUUUCAAAAAAUUAUUUUUUUAAUUAUUAUCUGAAAGAAAAACACCUAGCUAAUUUUUUUUAUUUUUGCACAUUAAUGGAUAAAGAAUAUGCACUUAAUUAUUUUAAUGAAAUUAAAACUAUAAUACAUGAUAAAAUAAUAAAUAAACAAUUAAAAUUUUCUUCCUCAAGUAUUUUAUAUAUUUUUAAGGCAUUGGAUCAUAUGAAUAUGAUUCAAAAGCAAAAUAUAUUUUUUAAUAUAUUGUUAAAGCAGUUAUGUGAUGAAAUCUUUUCUCUUGAUAUUUCCAUUUUUUUUGAAUUUCUUCUUAUAUUCUAUAAAAACAAAAUUUCUCAUUAUUACUUUUUAAAAAAAGCAAAAUAUAUAAUUAAUAUGAACAGGUAUGAAUUAAGUGAACAUACAGUAAUUAACAUGAAAAAUAUGAUUUGUGAAUUGAACAAGUUACUUUAUUAA